AUGGCUCGUGGAGGUAACCGUGGCGGAGGAAGAGGAGGCGGUCGCGGUCGUGGCCGUGGCGGUGGAGGAGGUCGUGGUCGUGGAGGAGGCGGCGGUCGAGGCGGAGGACGUGGGGCUCACAAUGGAGGUCAGCGAGCCUCCUACUUCCCAAGCGACCAGACGAACGCUCGUCUCGAGGCCUACUACAUCGACCAGGGCAUCCUCGACCCCUCCGAAUGGGCCACCUUCAUGGACUACCUUCGCACCCCCCUGCCCACCACCUUUCGACUCACCGCCGGCAAGGAGACAACACCGCAGCUCCUCAAGGCGCUCCAGGACAUCUAUAUUCCAUUCCUGUCCAAUGUCACGUUCGAUGGCGAGAAGGUCGACCCGCCGAAGAACCUGCCUUGGUACCCAGAUGGUCUCGGAUGGCACCUCAACACCAAGAAGAACGUCAUCCGCAAGUCGCCCGAGUUCAAGCGUUUCCACCAAUUCCUCGUCCACGAGACCGAUGUCGGCUCCAUCAGCCGUCAAGAGGCCGUCUCGAUGCUGCCGCCUCUCUUCCUCGACGUGCAGCCUCACCAUCUCGUUCUCGACAUGUGCGCCGCCCCCGGCUCCAAGACGGCUCAGCUGAUCGAAUCGCUCCACUCGCCCUUCACCUCCGCUCCCAGCGCUUACAACCCCAUGCCCACCGGUCUUGUCAUCGCCAACGACUCGGACACCAAGCGCGCCCACAUGCUCGUCCACCAAUCGCAACGCCUCCCCUCGCCCAAUCUGCUCGUCACCAACCUCGACGCUUCCAACUACCAGUCGAUCACGGUACCCUACAAGGCCGCCGACGAAGGCGCCGAAGUCGUCCAGACCGCUAUGAAGUACGACCGCAUCCUCGCCGACGUGCCCUGCUCUGGCGACGGCACCAUUCGCAAGAACGUGCCCAUCUGGAAGGAGUGGACGCCCAACAACGCCGUCGGUCUGCACGCGCUUCAGCUCAAGAUCCUCAUGCGCGGUCUCAACCAGCUGCGCGAGGGCGGUCGUCUCGUCUACUCGACUUGUUCCAUGAACCCCAUCGAGAACGAGGCUGUCGUCGCCGAGGCGCUGCGUCGCUUCGAGGGCAAGGUGCGUAUCGUCGACUGCAGCUCGCGAUUGCCCGAACUCGUGCGCCGACCGGGUCUCACCACCUGGCGUGCGGCUCCCGGUCGAGGCGCUCAUCUGUUCGGCAAGUCCAAGUACGCUCAGGAGAAGGCUGCCAAGGCUGCUGCUGUCGAUGCGGUCGACGCCGCCGCUGCGGACGGAGAGGGCGAGCUGGUCGAUGCCGACAUGAAGGAUGCCGAGGGUGAAGUUGACGAGACUGCCGACGCUGUCAUCGAGGACGGCACCAACGCAGAGGCUUCGACAAACGAGGCGGCUCAACCAGAGAUCGGCUCAGCCGAGUACCGCAACCGUCUCCCUGAGAUCGCAUGGAUCAACGACUGGGAGCAGCUCAACGAGCUGGAUGCCGACCUCGCCUCGCGCACGCCCAAGUCGCUCUGGCCCCAAGGCGACGAGGAGUCGCUCGGUACGCAGCACUGCAUGCGUCUCUACCCUCACCUGCAGGACACGGGUGGCUUCUUUGUCGCGCUGCUCGAGAAGGUGGGCAACCCGGACGACGAGGGCAUGGCCGCCGGUAUGAUCCGCGCCAUGGACCACCUCGAUGCACUUCAACCCGCUGAGGAGUCGAUCACCACCACGGCCAAGCGCGAGCUGUCGCCCGAGGCAGCCGCGGACGGUGCCGAGCCCGCAGCCAAGAAGCUCAAGGAGGAUGUCACCACCGAAGCUGAGCCCAUCGAGGUCGACGCAUCGACCAACGUCAAGGAGGACAAGCACGCCGCCGACCGAGCACGCAAGGCCGCGCAGCAGAAAUUCGUCUCCGAAGGCCACGGCAUUCCCGGCGGUCUCCCCUACAAAGAGGACCCCUUCGCCUACAUCCCUCCCUCCAACGACCAGGUCCAGGCAUGCAAAAAGUUCUUCGACCUCAAAGACACCUUCCCCCUUCGCAACCUUCUCGUUCGUAACGAGGACCACCAACCUCUGCGUUCCGUCUACCUCACCUCGACCACUGCGCGCGCCGUCAUCACCUCCGGCGGGCCCGGUCGCGGCAACCACCCGCACAUGAACCCCAUCUCGCUCCGCCUCAUCAACUGCGGCAUCAAGAGUCUCGGUCGCCAGGACGCCGGUCGUGACGGAACGCUCGAGUGCAAGUGGCGCAUCAUCUCGGAUGGUCUGCUGAGUAUCCGACCGCACAUCGAGGAGAGGACUGUGUUGAAGGCCGAGCUCAAGGAUCUGGCGUUUUUGAUUGCGAACCACUACCCGGUAUUGGACCACGUGCCCGGCGAAUUCGGGGAGCUGCUCAAGGGCAAGAAGAUGGGCAGCUACAUCGUCGAUGUUCUGCCGAGCGAGCACGAGGGUAAGAAGCUCGAGUACAAACUCAGCUUCCCCAUCUGGAGGGCGGUCAACAGUGUCAACCUUAUGCUGGACAAGCAGGAGAAGAGCGCACUGUCCUUCCGAAUCUUCGACACGGACCUUUCGUCUGCCGACGGCGGGCGUCAAUUCUCCUCGCAACCGUCCAAGAAGAAGAAGCCUGCCGACGCCGAGAUGCUCUCCGACGCUGAAGACGCCGCGCGGGCUGCGCUCACCACCACCACCGCCGCCGCUGCGGCGCCAGUGAAGGUCGAGCUCGCCCCCUACCAAUCGUCGUACAUCCAACUCGCACUCGACAGCGCCAUCCUCAAAUUUGACGGGCCGUACACGCUCAAGUCCGGUCGACUUUCGCCGUACUUCUUCAACGCCGGGUUGUUCAAUACGGGGGCGAAGGUGGCCAAGGUUGCGUCGUGCUAUGCGCAACGCAUCAUCGAAUCGGCUGUUGAAUUCGAUGUGCUAUUCGGUCCCGCAUACAAGGGCAUCCCUUUGGCGGCGGCGACAGCCAUGGCGUUGCAGUUGCAGCACGGACGGGAUGUUGGGUUCUGCUUCAACCGUAAGGAGGCCAAGACGCACGGUGAAGGCGGGUCGCUUGUUGGUGCAGAGUUGAAAGGUCGCGUGCUGAUCCUCGACGACGUAAUCACAGCGGGAACAGCGAUCAACGAGGCAAUGGACAUCCUCGCCUCCCAACCUGCGGCGGUACUCGCCGGCGUCGUCAUCGCUCUCGAUCGUCAAGAGAAGAGCCAGAAGGACGGCAUCCCCGGCGAAACUUCCGCCAUCACCGAGGUCGAAAAGCGCUUCAACACAAAGGUCUACUCCGUCGUGACCCUCGAUCAGAUCAUCGAGUUCAUGAAGCGCGACGAAACGACCUACGGCGAAAAGAUCGGAAAGAUGAACGACUACCGCAUCACCUACGGCACUAGCGAGGUGGCCAAGGCCGAGGCGGCCAAGGCUGCCAAGUAG